GUGACGGGGGCGGCCGGCCAGGCUGGGUACGCGAUGCUUCCUCUCAUUGCCAGCGGCCGCAUGUUGGGCCCCAAGCAGCGCCUCCAGCUGAACCUGCUGGACGUGGAGCCCGUCAUGAGUGUUCUCGAGGGGGUCCGUGCGGAGCUCGUUGACUGCGCCUUUCCGCUGGUGGACCGUGUUCUCGCCACGCCGGAUCCGAAGGUGGCCUUCGAGCAAGCCGACUUCGCCAUCAUGUUCGGCUCCGUCCCGCUGAAGCCCGGCAUGCUGCGGAAGGACCUCCUACGGGGCAACGCCAGGCUCAUCGAAGAGCAGGGCCGCGUCUUGGGCGAGGUGGCCCACCCUGACUGUCGCGUGUGCAUUGUGACCAAUCCCGCCAACACAAUGGCCCAUGUUCUGCUGAAUGCCUCGAAUGGGAAGCUCAAGCCGGAGAACGUGACGGCGCUGACGCGGCUGGACCAAAACCGUGCGACGGCGCUGGUGGCGGAGCGGUCCCGUGCCUUGGUGGACGACGUGAACAACUGCAUCGUUUGGGGGAACCACAGCAGCACGCAGGUUCCGGACUUCAACAGCGCCACUGUGAAGGGCGUUCCUGUGCGUGAGGCGGUAAAAGACGACGCAUUCCUUGACGGAGAAUUUAUGACAAUCGUGCGGGAACGCUGGCUUGAGGUUCUCAGGCUGCGCGGUCGCUCGUCAGCUCUGUCGGCUGCGAGCGCCACCGUGGACCACGUACGCGACUGGAUGCUUGGCACGCCAGAGGGGACGCAUGUGUCCAUGGUUGUGCGUUCCGAUGGAAACCCAUACGGAGUGCCGCCUGGCCUCUUCUUCUCCUUUCCUGUGACGUGCAGCGCAGGUGAGUGGCAGUUUUUCGAGAACGCCACCGUCACGCCAAAGGUGGCGGAUCUCCUCGCUGCCACCACCAAGGAGCUGGCGGAGGAGCGCGCACAGGCGGAAAGUGCGAGGUUGGAGGCAGCCUGA